AUUACGGUUCCAGUGGCGCGAAUAAACAAGGAGUCCAGUGACAGCAACUCUACUGUUUGAGCUCAUUAUUCGUCAUUUAAACGCAGUUUUUUGUGUUAAAGUCGCUUUAAAGUUUCUUUAAGUGGUAAAAGAACAGACUCUAUCGUCGUUAACUUCGGUGUUUUUGUUGUUUUUUCGUGUCUCGGGAAGGAAAACGAUGUCGGACGCUGUGUCAGACGGAGGCAGCGACGCCAGCCAUGAUGACGGUCAGGAGGACGUCAUGACUCCGGCGGAGCUCAUCGCGAAACUGGAAGAAGCUUGGCUCAAUGAGAGGUUUUCUCCGGAGCUGCUGGAGAACAGGUCAGAGGUGGUGGAGUGUGUGAUGGAGCAGCUCACUCACAUGGAAGAAAACUUACAGCGGGUGAAGAAAGGCGACGCCAAGGCUAGUAUCCAUCGCAUGGAAAUCGACAGAAUCCGCUUUGUUCUGAGCAGCUACCUGCGCUCUCGUCUGCAGAAGAUUGAGAAAUUUUUCCCUCACGUACUUGAGAGAGAAAAGUCCCGAGGUGAGGGAGCUCCCUCUCUGCUCUCGCCUGAGGAGUUUGCCUUUGCCAAAGAGUACCACACAAACACAGAAAGCUACUUAAAGGCCGUGGCAUUGAAACGCAUGCCCCCCAACCUGCAGGCGGUGGAUCUGCUCAAAACAGUUCCUGAGCCGUGUUUGGACUCCUUCGUGUUUCUGCGGGUGAAGGAGCGACAGGAAAACAUCCUGGUGGAGCCUGAAAGCGACGACCAGAGAGAGUAUGUCGUGGAUCUUGAAGAAGGUUCCCAGCACCUAAUGCGGUACAGAACUAUAUCGCUGCUUGUCUCAAGUGGAGCCGUGCAGUUAAUCUGAAAGUUGAGGUCUUUUUGUUUUUGGUGUAAAUGGCUCCAGGUGAUCAUGAAAUGAGUCGUGGCUCAUUUUCAUCACACAUGAAUGGUAAUAAGGGGGAUGAGCAGAGGUCACAUCAGCAAAACACCUGAGACACUUUCAGAGGUUUCAGCGCUUCAGGGACACUGCAAACAGCAAAUGUUCACUCACGACUAACCAGAAGUGACAGCUGUGAACGAGUCCAACUACCUUAUAUUUGGAACCUUUUUAUCGUUGGAUAAUUAUAAUGUAUUCUGAUUCAUGAGACUCACAGUAACCUGCUCAUUUGCUGCUCAUUACUUUUGCUAUAAUUUAUCCAAAUGGACUUAAUUAAUGAGCUAAAGGCAGAAUGUAACCAAGGCCCUGUUAGUUUUUAUAUUGUGUAUUUAAAGCAAUAUUAUUUUAGUGAUAUUUGCACUUAAGUGGCUGCUGUUAGUGUUAAAAACAGCUCAAAAUAUCGGUAGAAAUUUAACAAGCCACCCAUCGGUAUGUUAAAAAAGUGUAUAAACACUCCAAAAUAAUAACAAUAAUAAUAAUGAUAAUAAUAAAAAAGACUUGGUUUCAUAGUUUCAUGGCCCUUUUUUGAGGCAAGGGCCUUGCUUUUCAGAGGCCACAAUUUUGUGGUGCAGUGUUUCUACAGCAGCCCCCAAUGGACAAACUAGACAGAGCAUGUGUUUUUGGUAUGUGGAGGCCACUGUUGUUCCAUGACACGCGUGGGAUAAAGCGAAGGAUGAGCAGAGGAGUCCUUCAUUUGUUAAUAUCCGCCGACAUUUUAGAUGUUUAGAAUUAAAUGUCCAGGACGGACAGGAUUAGAAAUGAGCUUAUUCCAGGGACAGCUCAGGUUUGGAGAUAAAGUCAUAGAGUCCAGGUUGAAGAUGGAGCUGCCGGGGGAGGAAAAGAGGAAGACCUCAGAAAAGGAGGACAGACAGUGUAACAGAAGAGGACACAAGGGAGAGGACAAGAUGGAGGCAGAUGAUCCACUGUGGCGACCCCUCCAGGAAGAAGCUGAACGAAGAAGAAUAUCUUUUUAAAAAAAGGGGAAAAAUCUGCAUAUAAAUUCAGUGUCUAUGCAAGUCAUAGACCCAAAAGCAUAAAUGCAGUAUAUGUUUAAGUGUUUAUUAAUUAAUAAAAGUCAUAUUAUCAUUGCAAUAGUCAAAAAUGUCACUGUGUAUAAAACCUUUUCCCUCAAUAACGUCAGCCCACUU